AUGGGUCGGAGAAAGAUCAAGAUGGAGAUGGUUCAGGACAUGAACACAAGACAGGUUACCUUUUCAAAACGGAGGACUGGUUUGUUCAAGAAGGCGAGCGAGUUAGCCAUGCUCUGUAACGCAGAGGUGGGUAUUGUCGUCUUUUCACCAGGAGGCAAGCCUUUCUCCUACGGCAAACCGAAUCUUGAUGCCGUUGCAGAGCGAUUCAUGAGGGAAUGUGAUGAUUCUGACAGUGGUGAUGAAGAAGGAAGUGGUAAUAAUAGACCUAAACUGAAGAAGAUGAGUGAACGUCUCGAUUUUCUCAACCAAGAGAUUGAAGCUGAGAAGAAACGAGGCGAGAAGGGCCAGGAGACGCUUGAAUCUGCUGGGGAUGAGAGAUUCAGGAAUCCCAUUGAGAAGCUUACACUUGAUGAACUCAAGGAAUACAAAGAGAAGUUGCAAACAGUCCAUGGUAGGAUCCAAGGCCAAGCCAACCGGAUGCAGGCUUCGUCUUCUCUCAUGCUUCUUUCAAGGGCUAAGGAUCCUGCGAAAAAAGAUUAG